AUUAGUAAUUAGUGUUAAUUUUUAAUUGACAGUGAAAUUAUUGUUUAAAAUAUCAUAACUUGUCCAAAAUUAAGUCUUCCCAUUCAUGUUUCUUUUAUAUUUGUAAAUUGGUUAUUGUAAUUACUAGCGUUGGCUUUCGAGCUUGGUCUCUUUUGGCAUUCUCUCACAUCACCAACACCAUGGAAGCCUCAAGGAUGGUACUGUUGUCACCAAUAUCAAGCUGCAACGUGCGCAGGAAGCAUCUUAACGAGUCACUGAGAAAGCCAAGGUCUUCUCCAAUGGCACUGAAAAUAGUGAACAUGGCGAAGGAGGGCAGCGACACGGGCAACGGCAUCAUAGAAAAAGUAGCCAUAGCGGGUGGAUUAAUCUCCACCCCAGUAAUUGGUUGGUCUCUUUACACCCUCAAAACCACAGGGUGCGGCCUGCCACCUGGUCCAGGUGGCUCAAUCGGUGCACUGGAAGGAGUGAGCUACCUCGUAGUUGUGGCCAUAGUGGCUUGGUCCUUGUACACUAAAACCAAAACUGGUUCUGGUCUACCAAACGGUCCUUUCGGUUUGUUGGGUGCGGUUGAAGGCUUAUCUUAUUUGGCAUUGGUUGCCAUUGUGGUUGUGUUCGGGUUGCAGUACCUUGACCAGGGUUACAUCCCUGGUCCUCUCCCCGCCGAUAAGUGCUUCGGCUAGAUUCUCUGCUAAUACGAGCCACUACAAUUCUAUCCUUCUACUUCUGGAUAAGGUCCCACCACGUGUCUUAGGAAUCUCUUUUUCCUUUUCCACUUGUUACAAUAUUAAGUAACCAUCUUUUUUUCUAAGUUGUAACUUGUAAGGUGUUUACGCCAUAAAUGGAAAUGAAUUUGUUUAUGUCA